UCGAGUCGCGUUGUUUUUCUGGCGUUGGUUGUUAAUCGAUUCAAUUAUUGGUACUCUACACUUGUCUCGUGGUCGUUUUUUGAAAUUUAGGUUCAAAUAUCCAUUUGUCGGCUAGCGUGUGUACGUAGUGAGUUUGAUAUCAUUCCGUUUUUAUAUGUAGAAAGGUUUAACGUAUAUUAAAAAUGUCCGACAUUGAAGUGCAAGACAAUGCCAAUACUGAUAAUGAACAAAGAACCAACGGAGGAGGUGAUGAAGGUGAUGCUUGGGGAAGUCAUGAGUCUUCUUCAGUUCGGAGAUACGCUAAGAUGCCUGUUGAUAGAAAUGCUCCGUUCUACAAUAUGAAUCACAAACACCGUGGUAUGGCAAUAAUAUUCAACCAUGAACAUUUCGAUAUCCACAGUCUUAAAUCUCGCACUGGCACGAAUGUCGAUAGUGAUAAUUUAUCCAGAGUCUUGAAAGGGCUAGGAUUUCGCGUCACGGUUCUAACUAAUUUGAAGUCGGAAGAUGUAAACAGGUACCUACAACAAACUUCAGAGAUGGAUCAUUCUGAUUAUGAUUGUGUUCUUAUAGCAGUUCUAACUCAUGGAGAAAUGGGCAUGCUGUAUGCUAAAGACACCCAUUACAAACCUGAUAAUUUGUGGUAUUACUUUACAGCUGACAAAUGCCCCACAUUAGCAGGAAAACCAAAGAUAUUUUUUAUCCAAGCUUGUCAAGGGGACAAACUGGAUGGUGGAAUAACACUCUCUAACAGAUCUGAGACUGAUGGCUCUUCAAGUGCCUCUUAUAAGAUACCUAUACAUGCAGAUUUCUUGAUUGUUUUUUCAACUGUUCCUGGUUUUUAUUCUUGGAGAAACACUACUCGUGGUUCUUGGUUCAUGCAAGCACUUUGUGAGGAGUUACGUUAUUCAGGAACAGAACGAGACAUACUUACACUGUUGACUUUUGUUUGUCAAAAAGUAGCUCUUGAUUAUGAGUCCAACACUCCAGAUGUGUUGACCAUGCAUCAGCAAAAACAAGUUCCAUGUAUUACAAGUAUGCUCACUCGUUUACUUGUAUUUGGCAAGAAAUAGGUUUUAUUGUAGUGUAAUCCUUUGUUGUUAUUUUACAGUAAUAUUUUUUAGUAUUUCUAGAACAAACUAUUUUAUACUGUUAAUUUUUAGUAACCUUGAGUUACUUGCAUAACUGCUAGAUGCAUUGUAUUUUUUCUUUUUUCAUUGUUUAUAUGAAGAUGAUACUCAUAGUUGUUUGAGUAGGUGUUAUUUAGAAUGUAAGAUAAUUAUUUAGAAGCAAUUUUAGAUUUAAUAAGUAAAUGAAUCUCUAUGCUCAAAUUUUUAGAUGUUAAUGCACAAAUUGUCAAUUGCUUGAAAAAAGUACUUAAAAUGAAGUGAACUAACGCACAAUUUGCAUUGUAGAUUUUCUACAUAUCAUAUAUUGUAAAUGCUUGCACACUGUAAGUAUUGCUUAACUAUUGGAAUGAUUAAAUUUAUUUCAUACAUAAAUUACAGGCCUGUUAAUAGCAUUUAUAUGUAAUGUAAGAAAUUUCUAAGUAAUGGAGAACUGCCAUAUAUAUUUUCUAACUUGCCCAUUCCUUAAUGUAAUUAAAAUGCUUCAGUAUAUUUGUUGAUACUGAAAGCAUUGAUUUUCUAUGUUAUUAGUGUGGGGUAGAUAAAGCAUGUUUUAAGGACUGAUUAAAAUUGGUGAAAGUGAUUGUGCCUUCUUGAAAGACACUUAGAAAAAUAUGGAUUAUGAAUGAAUUUCUUAGUUUUGGUAAGCAAAGUGACAUAUUUUGUUACCUAUAAUAAGUAUUUUUGUAUUUUAUAAGGAAUACAUGUCUUAUCCAGU